AUGAAUUGUUCUUCUCUUCAUUUUUUUGCAGGCAUCAUGAUGUUUAGUUUUCUAUUUCUAGCUCUUUUGGCGACAAAUUCAAUGGCUAUCACGGUGCAGCAAACAUAUAUAGUACACAUGGAUAAAACCAAAAUUGAAGCCUCAGUUCAUUCUCAAGACAGCACAAAACCAUGGUCUGAAUCAAUCAUUGAUUUCAUUUCUCAAGCUUCAAUGGAAGAAGAACAAGAAGAAGAGAUUUUAUCACCUCAGCUUUUAUAUGCCUAUGAAACAAACAUGUUUGGUUUUGCAGCCACACUUUCUGAGAAACAACUUAAACACUUAAGCCAAGUUGAUGGUUUCCUUUCAGCCAUACCUGAUGAACUUUUAACCCUCCACACAACAUACACACCACAUUUUCUUGGCCUAACAAAUGGAAAAGGACUCUUGAGUGCUCCAAAUUUGGCCUCUGAUGUUAUCAUUGGUGUCCUUGAUUCCGGAAUAUGGCCGGAACACAUCAGUUUCAAAGACUCUAGCUUUUCUCCAAUACCUCCUAAAUGGAAAGGUAUUUGUGAAAAUGGCACCAAAUUCUCAUCCUCGAACUGUAACAAGAAACUCAUCGGUGCAAGAUACUAUUUCAGAGGGUACGAAAAAUUCAUCGGAAAAAUCAACGAAACAACUGAUUAUCGUUCCGCUAGAGACUCUCAAGGUCAUGGAACACACACUGCCUCGACUGCAGCCGGUAAUGUGGUUCAAAAAGCAAGCAUUUUUGGACUUGCUAAAGGUUCAGCAAGUGGAAUGAGGUAUACUUCAAGAAUUGCGGCGUAUAAAGUGUGUUGGCUUUCUGGCUGUGCAAAUUCGGACGUAUUAGCAGCAAUGGACCAAGCAGUUUCUGAUGGUGUUGAUGUACUUUCACUCUCUUUAGGAAGUAUUCCAAAACCAUUUUAUAAUGAUAGUAUUGCUAUAGCUUCAUUUGGAGCAACAAAAAACGGCGUUUUUGUUUCUUGCUCCGCAGGCAACUCUGGCCCUUUUGCAUCAACAGUUGGAAACGGCUCGCCAUGGAUCAUGACAGUUGCUGCUAGCUACAUUGACAGAACUUUUCCAACAAAAGUCAAACUCGGAAACUCAAAAACUUUUGAAGGCACAUCUUUGUACCAAGGAAAAAAUCAAACAAACCAACAAUUUCAACUUGUGUAUGGAAAAACAGCAGGUAAAAAGCGAGAAGCAGUGUUUUGCACAAAAAACUCACUUGAUAAAAAACUUGUUUUCCGAAAAAUAGUUGUUUGUGAAAGAGGAAUCAACAGCAGAACAGAAAAAGGAGAAGAAGUUAAAAAAUCAGGUGGAUAUGGAAUGAUACUACUUAACUCGGAAAAUCAAGGUGAAGAGCUUCUUUCUGAUGCUCAUGUUUUACCAGCUACUUCAUUAGGUGCUUCAGCAGGUAAAAUCAUCAGAAGCUACAUUAACACUGUUAAAAAACCAACAGCUUCAAUUUCAUUUCUAGGAACAAGAUACGGUAAUGUUGCGCCAAUUAUGGCAGCAUUUUCAUCUAGAGGACCAAAUAUAAUAGGACAAGAUGUUAUCAAACCAGAUAUAACAGCACCUGGUGUUAACAUCUUAGCUGCAUGGCCAUCAAACACUAGUCCAACUAUGAUCAAAAGUGACAAAAGAAGAGUCCUCUUUAACAUUGUUUCAGGUACAUCAAUGUCUUGUCCUCAUGUUAGCGGCAUAGCCGCGUUGAUUAAAUCUGUUCAUAAAGAUUGGUCACCUGCAAUGAUCAAAUCAUCUCUUAUGACAACAGCUUACACAUUGAACAAUAAAAACCUUCCGAUUUCAGAUCUUGCUUCGAAUAACUCGGCUUCAGCUAACCCUUUUGCAUUUGGUUCAGGACAUGUUAAUCCAGAAAGUGCUUCUGAUCCUGGAUUAGUCUAUGAUAUUAACACUAAUGACUAUUUGAAUUACUUUUGCAGCCUUAACUUUACUUCAUCAGAGAUUACUAUAUUGACAAAAACCAACUUCAAAUGUUCAAAGAAACCACUUUUUCAAGUUGGUGACUUGAAUUAUCCUUCAUUUGCUGUUUUGUUUAGUAGAACAGUACAUAAUGUGACAUACAAAAGAGUUGUUACAAAUGUUGGGAAAUCAAAAAGUGCUUAUUAUGAUGUUAAAGUUGAACAACCUAAUGGAGUUAUUGUUAGUGUUGAACCAAGGAAAUUGAAGUUUGAAAAAUUGGGUCAGAAAUUAAGCUAUAAAGUUACAUUUUUAGCAGUUGGAAAAACAAGAGUUAUUGGUACUUCAUCAUUUGGAUCACUCAUUUGGGUAUCUGGAAAAUAUAAGGUUAGAAGUCCUAUUGCAGUGACAUGGCAAUAGUGAAAAAUCUUCCUAUUCAGAGAAGAAGGAAAUAACUUUAUUUAUUUGAUCUUACAUUAUUGUUGAAAUUUAUGUGCAAAAACUUCAAGUCAGUAGUAUCAUAAGGUUAAUUUAUAAUUUCUUCUUUCUAA